CGAAAUCCCAGCAUCCAUGUAAACACGCCAUAUUGGAAAACAUUGACAGGACUUGCAGGAGUACCUGCCUGAUAAACAUCCAUUGUCAUCCUCUAAAAAACGAGGAGCAAUGGCUACCACCUACGGUAUAGAGGUGAAAAAUAGGUUUGAGUUGGUGUUAGAUGAUGAAGAUGACCCGUUCGAGAUUUUAAAGGAACAAGAGGAGCAAGCAAAGAAGAAGGAUGGCGACAAGACGAAGAAAAACGCCAAAAAUGAGAAAGCCAAGUCUGCGAAAACAAAGCAGAAUAAAAAAGCUCAGAUAAUCGAACCUGAACCUGCAAAACCAAAACAAACAGAGCAUGUUGGUGGAAGGAGAGAAGAAAAUCCACCUCCAAGAAGGCAGCGAGAGCAGUCCGCAAGGAACACAGAUACUGACAGACCUCAAAGUGACAGACGGCCGCCUAGACAAAACCGUGGACCCAGACAAGACAGACAGAAUGACGACUUUGCUCCCAGAGAACAAGGCUUUUCCUCAGGUGGAGAAUUCCGUGACAGACCAGAGAGUGGGAGGGGAGGAAGAGGAACGAGGAGAGGAGGUGGAUUUGGACGUGGACGUGGCAGAGGAGGAUUUGGAAAGCGUGAAUUUGAUAGACAUAGUGGCAGCGAUAAAACCAGCGGUGUUAAGCCUGUGGACAAGAGGGACGGUGGCGGAGCAUUUAACUGGGGAACUGUCAAAGACGAUGUAGAGUAAGUCAGUUGGGUGGAAACUGUUUAUUGCAUCUUGCAACUAACCUUAAAGAUUUUUUUCAAUGCAACUAAUUAAUCACCUCACCCUGACUGCAAUGGAUAUGUACAAGACCCUGAAAAUGUUUUACCCCCUGUUUGUACUCUAACAGUUGCCCAAUACUAGUUUGUUUGCAAGAGAGUGUGACUUGAAGUGUUUCUGUGAUGAUUCUUUAUAAUCAAACAGUUUGCAUGACGACAAACUCUUGCUUUACCGGAAACUGAGAAACACUAAAUUCAGAUUUUGCCUAGCACCUAUGGUGUAUCCAACAUGUCUGAUCUAUUGAUGAUAAUAAUUGUUCGUCUAAGGCAGACUCUUUGUGUGUCAAAACAAUUCAAAUUACAUGCUGAAAAUUACAAACUGCUUAUAAA